UCGUACACUCGGUGACGUCAACAUCGUUUUAAACUUCUCCCAAGAUUUUUAUUAAUAAAUGUUGUGAAUAGUGACUAACAAAAAGUUAUCGUGCGUAAUUAAGUGUUAGUACAUGUAUUUGUGAUCUUCAAUUCAUUUAACGUGUAAAUGAAUUAUGAAUUAAAGUAUAACGCGUUAUUUGUUAUGUUUACACUCUAGACAAUUUUUCGUAACUACCGACCUUUGUUGUUAUAACUCUUAGCGUUUAAUAACUAGUGAUGUGUUUACAUACAAAUUGUUGAAUCGAUUUAAACGAAGUGUAAACAGUUCGCAAUGUCUUCCAAAAAUCAACGUGUGUGCGUCGGGUGCAAGAACGUAAAAGCUAAGUGCGACUGUCCUACCACCAACAUUGCAAAGUCCGACAAUACCAAUAUUCUGCUGCGUCCUUCUGCCCUGAGUCCGUCGGAUAGUGUUAUCUUAUCACCAGGGGGUCCGGACGACAAUAUCACUAUACGUAAAAAUACGACAGCGUGUGCGCAUCACGGCGGAAAUCUAGAAUAUGUCACUGAGCGUUCUUUGCGGGAUAUAUUGAAAAAUGAAAUGGCAGAGAUGCUAAAAGUGUUUGUUCAGCAGCAUGUCACGGAGCAGUUCGUGACUGCUACUAAUAAUAUGUGCAGAGAAAUGGAGAAGCUGACUUCAGCGUUGGAAAGUUUCAACGGGCGAUUAAAUAAUGUCGAGGAGCGAAUGGCGCUCGUCGAGAAACGGCUCGAUACUGCUAUUGACCGAGAAGACUCGGUAGUUAUUGCGAAUCUUCAAACAAAAAUAAAUCAAUAUGAACAGGAAUGCAUACUAAACGAUUUGGAAGUUACUGGUUUACCAGAGGAGACUAAUGAAAGCCCCAUUCACCUGGCGUCUCUCUUAGCCAAAAAACUAGGUGUUUCCCUGAGUGAACAUGAUAUAGUAAGUGCCGAGCGUGUGGGUCGGAAAAUCUUGGCUGAAAGAAAGGAAGGUGACACAACAGUGGCGCGGCCGCGCGCCCUUGUCAUCCGGCUGGUCCGUCGCGGCACCCGCGACGAGUUACUGCGCGCUGCGCGUGUGCGGCGCGGUCUCGACUCCUCCGGCGUCGCGACGGCCGCCGCCCCGCGCCGCGUCUAUAUCAACGAACGGCUGUCGCGUUUGAAUAAACAACUGUUUUAUAAGGCACGUGAAGAAUCACGUAGACUAAUGUGGAAAUUUACCUGGACAAAGAACGGUAACAUUUUUGUAAGGCGUGAUUUUACACAGACGGCUAUCAGAAUUCGCAACCAAGAAGAUAUUGAGAGGGUUUUUGGCAAUUCCACAGUUGGCCCCAAAUAGAGUACUGUACUUAUUCUCUUCCCAGAUAAAUGCAUUAAGUUUGUCAUGUUAUUUAUUUAUUUUCAUUCUAGAUACGAAGGACAGUGGCGACAUGGUACUCAUUUUUAAUUUAUCAAAGGUGUAUUAUGUGUGUAUUAUACGCCCAACAAUUUUGCCACAUGUUAUAACAUUAUUAUACUUACAUUAUCUUUGUGAUAACAUUAACGUUAUAUCAUUUUAUGGUACACAUUUUGUAACAAGAUAUAAGACGCCAUUAACCGAUCUAACUAAUAAUAACAGGGUUCCAACUUUAUUUUGUACACUAUGUUCCUUUACUGUUUUGCAUCGCAACUACUUAUUGGUAUGUUUCUUAAUUAACUACAAGUCAUGUCAACUAAAGUAUUCAUCGCUUGAUUUGGUUAACUAUAAUGUUACUGUAAUUAAUUGCUUAUUGCACUCUGAAAACAUUUACAAAGAAGGGAAAUUGAAAAUUAUUUUAAAUAAUGUCACAGUUGUAUGUAAACCUAAAAAUGUGAUAUUGAGUGUAAAAAAGUUGAACCAAAAUUUUGUUAUCCUUCCUCACUUAAAUCCAACUAAAAACUUAAGUUAUAAGCUUAAUCUUAGAAAAUCAGAAUACUAUAUAAUGGAUGUGUUUUGUAUACUUCAACCCAAAAAUAUAACUGUAAAAUUGUAUUUAAGACUUCUUAGAAUUUUUUUCCUUAUGUUUUGUAUAAUACUAUCAAAAAAUAUAUUUCUUGUUACUUACUGUACGUUCCUCUUCAAAGACCUAAUUAAGAAAUCAAAUUUAAAUAAGACAUACAAGACUCUUUCAUUACA